AUGUCACAAAAAAAUCAAAAUUCUAUAACUUCUUUCUUUAAGAUACAGUCCAAACGAGAACUAUCGCCGUCUACUGUAUCAAGCGAGUUUAAAAAGUCGUCUAAAGUAAUGGAUUCCAAUGAACAAUCAUUAACUGUUCCAAAUAUUAACCCAUUGAGUUGUGAUUCCCAAUCAACCUCGCAAUUAACCAUUGAUACUGAUUAUAAUUGUCAUGAUAUUGGAUUUUAUAUUAAUCGAACAUUAACCGAAAAAGAAAUAGCUAUUGUAUUGACACAAAUUUGGGUUCCACAAAUAGAUUACAAAUUCCCAUCAAAGUCAUACAUUGUACAAAAUAAAACAAAACAUUUAAAAUUUCAAUAUUCCUGGCUUUUAAAAUUUCCUUGGCUGGCAUAUUCAGCUAAAGAAAACGGAGCUUACUGUAAAAUAUGUGUAAGUUUCUCUAAGUUUGAUGGACAUAAUUCUCAGGGAUUAGGUGCUUUAGUAAAAAAUAAAUAUAAUAACUGGAGAAAGGCAAUAGAAGAUUUCAAGGAACACUCAAAUCGGGAAUAUCAUAAAACUUGUGUAUGUAGCGCUGAUCAUUUUCUUGAAGUCCAAAAAAAUCCUUCUCAAUCUAUAAUUUCUAAAUUAGAAACAGGCAGAGUACAUCAAAUUGAAAAGAAUCGAAAGAAUAUAAUUCCAAUAAUUCAAACAAUUAUAUUAUGUGGUAAACAAAAUAUUUCUCUUAGAGGCCAUAGAGAUUCAGGGAAAAUAAUUAUUGAAGAAGCUGACGAUGUCGAUCUUGACAAAAAUGAAGGUAACUUCCGAGAAAUACUUCGAUAUAGAGCACAAGGAGAUCCAAACUUAAAAUCAUUUUUAGAAUCUUCCGGUAAUAUUAAGUAUAUAAGUCCUAUAAUUCAAAACGAUAUAAUAGAAUCUUGCAAUCAAAUUAUUUUAAAAAAAAUUGUCACACGAGUAAAUUCCCAAAAAUGUUUCACUAUUCUUGCCGAUGAAACAGCUGAUAUCUCUGGCAUAGAACGGAUUUCAUUAUGUGUAAGAUAUUUAAAUAUUGAAACUAAGGUACUUCAUGAAGAUUUUCUUCAAUUUGUCCCUACAAGAGACAUGACCGGUAUAGGUUUAGCAAACAUAAUUUUAAAUAGUUUACAUGCAUUUGGAAUUGAUUUGAAAUAUAUGAGGGGACAAGGAUACAAUGGUGCCUCUACAAUGUCUGGUGCAUUCGAUGGAGUUCAAGCGGUAAUUCGCAAAAGUUAUCCACUUGCCUUGUACAUUCAUUGCGCAGCUCAUGUGUUAAAUCUUUCUGUAUCUAAUUCCUGCUCAGUACAAGGAAUAAGAAAUUGUUUAGGGACAAUUUCAAAAACUAGAGAUUUUUUUAUAUAUCCAAAGCGUAAAGAUGUUUUAAAUAAUGCAAUUGAAAAAUUUGAAAGGUAUAAUAUUACAAAAAAAUCUUUAAAACGACUAUGCUCUACUCGGUGGAUAGAACGGUAUCAUGCUGUAAAUGAUCUUCUAGAACUUUUUGAGUGUAUUAUUAAAUCAUUGGACUUAAUUUCUAAUUGGGCGGAUUCAGACACAUCUACACAAGCGAGUAAUUUGCGUUCUUCUAUAUUACAAGGUGAAUUUAUUAUCUGUUUACAUAUUGUAGCUAAAGGAUUUGGUCUUGGACUGCCAUUAUCAAAACAAUUACAACGGAUAAAUAUAGAUUUAGUAGAAGCUAUGAGCCUUGCAGAAGAUACCUUAAAAGAACUUCAGACAUUACGAACAAAUGUAGAUAUUGAAUUUCAUGCUAUUUUUGAAGAUUCAAAAGGUUUAGCAAGUAAAUUUAAUGUAAAUAUAUCUAUGCCAAGAAUAACAGGCAGACAAAUAAAUAGAGUUAAUAUUGUCACUGAAUCACCAGAAACCUAUUUUCGAAUAAGCGUAUUUAAACCUUAUUUAGAUACAUUCAUCGAACAACUAAAAUCAAGAUUUAUCGACCACAAAAAUACAAUUGUAGAUUUUAAAUCGUUAAUAGCUGUUGAACAAAAUGAAACGACAUUUUUGAAGUUGGCAAAAACUUACACGACUGAUUUAAGUGAAUGUCAAGAUUCUAUUUUAUUAUCAGAAUAUAAACUAUGGCAAAGACGGUUAAAAAAUGUUGAGACUUGUAAUUUACCAAAAAACGCAAUGGAAGCAAUAAUACUAUGCAAUCAAGAAAUAUAUCCAAAUGUUUUUAAAUUGCUACAAAUAUUUGCAACAUUACCAGUUUCUUCAUCAUCGAAUGAGAGAACCUUUUCAAAUUUAAAAAGAAUAAAGACUUACUUACGAAACACGAUAUCUCAAAAGAGAUUAAAUGGUUUGGCUAUGUUAUCGAUUCACAGAAAUGAACAAAUUACUACUGAUGAUGUUUUGAAGGAAUUGAGCUUAAAAAAAAGGCGUCUUGAAUUUAUUAUUUAA